AUGGCCGCCGGAUUCAGUCUGAGGAAAGAACUGCAACAUCCACGAGGAGACGAUGUCGUGUUUGACUACUGCAACCCCAUCCACCCCAUCACGGCUGCUGCGGCUGGUGGGCUAGAAGGUCAGCUUCAUGGUCUGAAGAGGAAUGAAGAUAUUGAGAUUUGGCACGUGGAAGGGAAGACUAGCAAACAGGGAAGGAAGGCCGAGAAACGGCGGAGGUGGUGUUCGCGUCAUGAAUCGCAGCCUACCCUGCAGAUGCCAGCACCGGAACCGCAGCCUAAUUCCGCGCAGAUGCCAGCACCGGAAUGA